GGAGAUGGCUGGCCUCGUGUCGGCCGCGAUGCAUGCAAUCUCACACGUACACCUGACCCUUAUCCUCUAUCUUUCGCGGCUUCGUGCAAUGUUGCAUGUGCAACCUCGAACGAAUUGCCAACCGGGCGGCAGCGGCGCGCUCGCUACAAAGCAGCCAGUCACGGCACAACAUGUGCAUUUUUGCAGGCUCAGCGGCUUUGUGCGAGGCUACCCCCGCCGCCUAGAUAGGAUGGUCCCACGCGUUGUACACUUGAGACACACACGUCGUGCCCGCCCACAACAUGGCAUACAAGGAGUGCGACUCCCUCCAAAUACCUGGGAUCCGUGUGAAUUCGAAACGCUACCCUUCGCCCAACCGACCGUGUUUCUUGUUAUCAGACAAAACUCCUUUAUUGAGAUGCUCAAUUAUGCAACGCGAAGGGAUCAAUGUGGUCCAGUUGCCAGGCAGACCCCUCGGUUACUAAUGAAGCUAAUAACGCUCUUGAUGCGGGUCGCCAUCCUCGCGCGCGCAUAAUGCUUCAGUGAACCGUCUCGUUGAUCCAGGAAGCGUCUAUCAUGCUGUUCGGCGUCCUAACGCGCCGCGCGGGUCUUGCCUUGAUGACACGACUUGUGAGUGAGGAGACGCUUUGCAUGCGGCUAGCGGGGCUAUGCAGAUUGCUCGUAAUGGCACUAGAAGGGAUCUAUCAUGCGUGAUCUGGUCACAGCCUGACACAGAUUGUUACCGAUCGCAGAUCGAUAUGGGUUUGUGCUUUCAGCUGAGACCCGUUUGGCUCUGGUCGAAUGUCGUUGGUGAAAUGGAAAAUUGCGGGGCUGAGUACGGGCCGCUGAGACUAUUAGAGAUAGAAAUACAGUCCUUUCUAGGUACAUGUGGCAUCGAGGCUCCGCACUUU